AUGGUGUCCAAGGACGUGCUGGAAGUCGCCUGGGAGCAGCUAAAGGCCCAGGCCGCGAGCUGGGAUCCGCCACUGCCAAGCGACCUGCUCUGGCAGUCACCACAGCAGAUCGCCAUGCUUGCGUACUUGUGCCAGGAGUGGAGGGGGCGGUUAGGGACGGCUAUCACAGCUGCGGAGCUGGUCGAGCAAACCCUGACAGGAAAGCUCAUUCCCGAGGUGCUGGCGGACAUGCGCAUGGUACUGCAAGUGCUGGGCCAGCCUACUUCACAGGUGCUGCUCCUGCGCGAGCUGGUGGACACAAUGGCUGGAGUGGAGCGCGCCAAGCUCCCGCUGGCGUUCAAGGCGCUGCUGGCCAACUUCACCACCGAGCGAAACGGCAGGCUGUAUCUGGAUAACCCGCUAUUUGCUCAGGUGCUGCAGGCGGCCACCACGGAGUCUGGAGAGCUGUUGGACUCAAUCACCGCCAUCCUGUCGCUCAGCUCCACGAUGUUCAGGGAGCUGGUUGUGCUCGGCGAGCGCUGCAAGGACAAGGACUUCGACAGCUACGAGGACCUGCACAGCCUCCUGGAAGCCAUGGCAUCUGUGCUGGCGCUUACACCGGACGGGCUGCUGAAGGCGGACUGGUUCAUCCAGGUCCGGGACCACCGCUGCAACAGCCGCGGCACCAAGACCAAUUUUGAGCGGGACGACAGGGCUCAGACUGACGUCAAGCGCACAGCCUUCUCGGCCCCCUCAGGGCCCUAG